AUGAGCACCGGUGAUGCUGGUGCCCCGAAGGCAAAGAUACCCACCUGGGAUGGCGCGUCGGAAACCUUCCAGACUUAUCAAGAGUCAGCGAGACUCUUCGAGCAGACGGUGGAGUACAAGAAACGACACCUCUGCGGACCUCAGCUUCAAGGAGCUUUGGAAGGAGCGGCAAAGCGCUUUGUGGUUGGGAAGCCACCCGACUGGCUUUCCUUUCCAGGUGGAGUGGAGAGCUUGCUGGAGCAUUUGCGACAAUGCCUUGGCAAGCCCCAGAUGCCAGAGUUGACAGAGCUGCUAGGGAAAUACUUCCGUGGAUCGAAGCGCCGAUCCGGAGAGACGAUGAAUGAAUAUAUUUCCCGCAAGUGCGAAGUGUACGUUCGCGCUCAGCAAGCUAUGGGACGUGUGAGGCCAUACCAUGACAACUUCCCUCGCGGCGGUCACUACCUGGGCCCAAGUCCUUGGGAGCGACAAGGUCGCCGCCUGAGCACUGGCUCCUGGGUGAGCAAUACGGCCGAGACGCAGGAUGAUGAAGAUGGAGAUGCGCCACCCGUCCAGGCAGCAGCGCCUACCGCAUCAGAUGCGAGCACUACCGAGGACCGCCGUUCUGAUUGGGACGGCCCCAGCUGGUGGUCCAGAAGUCAGUGGAACUGGUACGGAUCCUCGUGGUCCAGCUACUCGGACUACGGCUCGCAGUGGAAUGCUUGGAUCGCCCAAGAACUGCGCAACCAGUUUCCAGAGAAUGAGCUUCGUCGGAAGGAGCCUCGAAAACAACAAGGAUACUGGGGUGAAGAUCAAGACCUCACCGACGAGGACGAGAAGCCCAACACCGAGGUCAACUUCGAGGCAGCGGAAGAGCUCAACGAGGAGGGCUACGCCGUGUGGAGCGAGGCCGAAGGCGAGGUACAGAGUGCCCUCGCUGCUAUGUUUCAGGCAAAGCGCACUUUGCGCAGUGCUCGUGAAAAACAGAAGCAAGUCCGCUUGAACAGACAGUACUACCAGGGCAAUGGAGGUCGCGGCUCCCAGUCUUCCCGGAAUGAUGAUCACAUCACCUGCCUACGCUGUGGCGAGGUAGGCCACACUGCCGCCACUUGUCCAGCGGCCAAACCACGGGCGGACCCACCAGCGGGGAAGCAGAUGGCUCCCUUCGUGUGCUACGCGGAAGACUACUAUGCCGAAGAAGCCCUCCAUGCGGAAGCUGACCCACUACCAAAGGCCACCACCGCGGAAGCGGUAGAGCAAGGGAAGGCUGUGGUAGACUGCGGCGCCACUCGCAGUCUUGGUUCUGUCUACGCCUUAGAAAAGGUGAUGCAGCUGAGCAAGGUGCCCGGAAGCCGAGUGGACACCGAGAAUCAGCCAGUGUUCGGGUUUGGCAACUCCACCGAGGAUCGAUGUGUCAGCACGUUGCACCUGCAGCUCACUGCCGGAGGACGACCUGGCACUUUGCAGAUACAUGCCCUUGAUCGUGGAGCUGCUCCAAUCCUUCUGAGCGUCGCCACAUUGAAGGCUCUCAAGGCCGUCCUUGAUUUUUCAGAUGGCACGGUGGUUCUGAGGGGCCUGGAUGCGAGCCAAGUUUUGCAGCUGGAAGAAUCCAGCACGGGACAUUCUUUUGCAAUGCCUACGCAUUCGCCCGUUCCGGGGUUGAGGGAUUAUGUGAAGACGGCAAAGCAGGCCAACCCUCCACCUGAGUAG